AUGAGCGAGCCUGGAACCGAGGAUCCAGACUUUGUUCAUGAACACCUUCACGUGCUUCAAGAGAGAUCGCACCAGGUUCGAAUAUUCCACAUAAAUACACAAAGCAUGGCAUCUUCGUUUGUCGAGUUACUCGCUACAAUAGACGAGUACCCUUUUGACAUUGCGACUAUGAGUGAAACGUGGCUUAAAGAUAAUCCGCUCCUAUUGCAGUUUGUCACCAUUCCUAGCUAUAGUCACGUUUUUCGCAAUCACAACAAGAUCCGUGGAGGCGGUGUGGGGGCAUAUUUGAGGGAAGGCAUAAGCUACAAAAGGCGUAUUGAUAUUGAGAAUAUAGCCCCAGAUUUAGAACACUUAUUUCUAGAGAUCCCAGGCCGUAAUCAGUCCGGAAUAUCCCUAAAUUUAAGGACAGGGCCAACUGGUCACGCGACACUUUUCAACCAAUGAGAAGGCGCGUUUGUGUUUAUCAACAAACAAACCAAAACAUCGCCGCAGUGAUCAAAACAGCGGACGGAGUUGGUCAGAAUCAGUCAUCGUUUCGAGGCUUUCAGGCAUAUUUUUAAGACUUUUCAUGAGGCAUACACAAUUUUUUUAAGUGGACAGCGUAUCGGAAGCCAUAUUGAAAGUGUCUCGUGAAAUAUUCAGCACAUUUUGUGGCUUAUUUCUUCUUUAAACAACGCGAUGUAUGGGCGAGAUUUUGGUCGGUUUUCAAGGUAGGUGAACAAGUAUCUGUUAUUUUUUCGAUUCACAGAUUUUUUUUUACGAAGUUCUAGAUAUUUUUCCUCGAUUCUCAUAUCGAUUAACUUUUAUCAUGUUGAAUGUGGGGAUGGUAGACAACCUAGAAUUUUGGUAGACCAGGUUUGAAUGGUCCAAAACACGUACGUUUUCCACUCCCGGGUUUCUCACAGAGGUGUGUUAUUACUUUUUUUCGCAUUAGUACGAGCCUUUGCCUUUUUUCUUUUCAAGGCCAAAACAACUUUAUUAGUCUUAUGAAUAUUCACGUCCUACAUCUCGCCUCACUUUGCCGAAUUUGCGGGGAUGAAAUUGGAGAUGAUAAGCGCAAGGUAGAUACUAACCGCUUUGUUUCUGAAAUUCACCAAAUCUGGAAAGAUUUAAUGUCGCUGGAUUCUCCAGAUGUUCAUCCACCGUUAACAAACAAUCAAAGAAAGAAGGCAAAUUUCAAGUGUAAAUGAUGUAUUUCGCAACUCAUUGAACAUGCACUAAAUCUGGGAUAAAAUUAAAACAUUGCAGGCACUACAGCAAGCAAGGAAAGCACCAGAUGCGUGAAGUCAACACGAAACAACACCAGAAAACAAACAAGAAAAAUUAAUAAAUUUGAACUACUUUUUAUUCUUGUUAUGGUGACUGGUUCUUUGAUUCUUGUCCUGUGGAAGCUAAUAGGUAGUACCGAUCCUGUUUUGUAUGAUCUCAACAAAUUUUCACACUCUCUGUAAAGCUAUUUUUACACGGGACCAGUUUGCUUCUAUCAAAAAUCUUGCAAGCCAUGCCAGUGAAGCCACGACCUCUGCGCUCAGUCCGGUUUCAGUUCAAACACCCCAAUGAUUCCUUGCAAUGAAUAAUGCUCUUAUUCUCUUACAUGAAAUCUUUUCUUUGAAAUAUUAAAUGUGAAACCAAGACGAGUACUGUAAGCUCAUCUUUAAUUCUGUCCGUCGACUCCGUCCGUUGUUUUGAAAAUUUGUGAGCACUGGGGCGAUGUUUUGAUUUGUUUGUUGAUAAACACAAGCGCGCCUUCUCAUUGGUUGAAAAGUGUCGCGUGACCAGUUGGCCCUGUCCUUAAAUUUAGGGAUUUUCCGGACUGGUAAUAGGCAUAUUAAAAUGCUCUUAGGGGUUCUCUUUCGAUCGGAACUUAUUCAGAAACCACCAAACGUGGCUCAAUACAGUAGAGAAAUUAUUCGGCCAGUUGAAUGUUCUUUGGAAUGGUAUUAUUGUCGCUACCGGUGA